CACUUCAUCUCUCUCUCUUUCUUUCUUUUUGUAAUUGGAUUUUCAAUUCCCUGCUAGAGAUAGAAUGACUAAAAUCUCUGUCGGAUUACAACUUGUGACAACAGAUUCAAAAGAAAAACUAAACAACAUAGUGAUCAAAUCUUCCCUGAGACCGAACCGACCCAAUCCAAACAUCUCAGAACUCUGUUUCCUCAAAACGUGUCAUCUAUGUAUGAAACAGCUCCGUCAAGACAAAGAUGUUUACAUGUACAGAGGAGACUUAGGAUUUUGUAGCAGAGAGUGUAGAGAAAGUCAGAUUUUGAUCGAUGAGAAGAUAGAAUUAGAGGCUUCGACGAAGUUGAUGUUGGCUUCUUACAGACGCUGUAACUCCGGCGCCGGUAAAAGCCAAAAUCAGAUUUUGUUGGAUAAUCUCCGGCGGCGACGCCGGCUAUUUAUUGUCCCUUAAAGCAAUCAUCCACCUCACUGAUUAGUUACUAUUGUUUGUUUAAAUACCUUAUUAAUACAUACAUAGAUAUCUAGAAGAGAUAUGUUAAUUAAAUUGUAUCUCCAUUGUCAAAUGUUAAUUGGACGGUUUAUAUAUGGUGAUCUUAGGUGGGAUAGCUACCGAUUGAGU